AUGAAUUUAUUUUCUCCUGUUGUCUUUCUCUUGUUAAUAUUUCUAUUAUCAUAUAACGGUUCAUAUGCUAACUAUAACAUAAAAACGAUAAAAUUAAUAUUUGAAUCGAGGGAUAAGGAAAGCAGCAAGGUUAUAUCUUUAUAUGGUGAAAAAGACUCAUUUGUUUGUAGGAGUGAAAAUAAUGAAUACAUAAGAAUUCAAGAUGAUAAAACAAUAAUAAAUAAUUUAAAUAUAUAUGGAAUUAUUCAUACAAAUGAUUUAUUAUAUUUUGAAAAAGAACAAUGGAAAUUAUAUUAUAUGGAGACUUUUGAUGUGAAAAAUGAAUCAUGGACCCCCUCCGAAUAUAGUACGUGUGGAAAUUCACCAGAUACAUUUCUUGGUGGACCUUGUAAAUUUGCAGCAACUGAAGCAUAUAAUAAGAUUAAAAAUUUACCAAAACAUAAAGAAUUAAAAAUAAAACUAAGAAUUCAUUUCUUCGACUUAUGGGAAGAUGAUUCUCUCUUUUUACAAGUUGAUAAUAAAACAAUAUGGACUCAUUCCCAUAGAUCAUGUGUAUCCAAAGACUGUUUUUCUGGAAUAAACAUUUGUGGGCAAAAUAUUCCAGACCGUUUAUCACUACCCGUGGAUAUGGAGUUUUUGCAUACCUCAGAUACAUUAAACAUACUAGUAGGAUCCACUUUAAAAAAAAACACUAACCCUUGUGAGACUUCAUGGGGAAUAGACGAUUUAGUAAUAUACUAUAAAUGA